AAUAUAUGUAGGAGGCGGAUAGAUUCAGACUGGAUUUGGUUGGAUGUUGGUUUGUUUGCACUAAAUGUGGGGGAAGUUGGGGCAUGUUGUUUCCUUGACUUGUAGUUUUAUCUGGGACCUUGUGGCUCAUCAAAUAAUUACCAAGAUAAAUGGAAGGGAAGUUAUUACAUGUUGAAAAAUAACAAAGUUAAAUGUUUAACACCAUGUAUUUCCCUAUAUUAGUAGUAGUAGUAGUAUUAGUAGUAAUACUGAAAUUGACUGUAUACACUUAAUGAAUGUUUUUAGAUUACAUUUUUCAAGUGUGUGGUGUGUGGUCUGCCAUCUGUACUGCACGCUGUCUGCGUUCAAGUUCAAGCCCCCCCGCCCCAUGACCUUGCAGGCUAAGCCACCUCAUUAACCGCUCAUGUUUACAUGCUUUGAGUGUGCAACGCUUUCUCUUGGUAAACCAGUUUCACUCAGGGCGAAUGAAUGGACAGUUUACCAAUGCACCUUCAAUGGGACUUUAUCCUCCUGCAGAGAUGGCAAAUUGUGAGAGAGAUGGCUAUUUUUUGGAGAUUGUGGUUCACAACAACAUGAUUUAUUUCAGGACUGGUUCAUUGACAUCUUGUAACAUAAUCUAGUUUAUAUUCCGAACACAACUGUUAAUUGCAAGCAGUAAUGUCAGUAGUAGAGACAAUGUAGUGCCUCAUGUACUACAGUAUGUACAAUCUGCAGCAUAAAGUUAAAACAAUUCCCAGAUGUGCAAUGUGUGUUCAGUGGCAGCUAGCUCAUACAUAAUUCAGAUUUCUGCCUAUUAUUAUUUAACAUUGGCAAUAUCAUAACUGUAAUAUAAGAUAAUGCAUUAUACUGUAACAUGAUUUGUAAACUGCAUCUUACACUGUAUAUGAUAGAAGUAAUUUGUUAUUGUUCUUUAGAGACAUCCUAUUAGACACAAGGUUAAUGUUCAUCUGUAGUUCAGGUGGAGCAGAUGGUGGCAGCGUUAAGGGAUUACAGUAACUCCUUUUACAGUCUGCAGUCAGUCAGUGAAGUUCGGCAUCCGAUUAUAGUGGUCCGUCCUCCAUUUUGGGAGGAGGGUGGAGGCAGAGGAGAGGAGCCGGCUCUGAGUCACAUGUGCUCUGUGCUACCGCUGCAGCUGACCGGAUACCUGCCUCGGCUGUCUGGACUGCACAAACAGUGACUGUGGGAGGUGUUGUGGAUGCAGGGGCUACGCAGCUCUGUGAGAACACACCUUAGGUAUCCAUUCAGUUUGCCAUGCUGAUUACAUGUUGGUAUUUAUACCUCGCAGCUCGGAGCAUCGCAGAAAAAUCACUGAGAAUGGCCUCAAUUCUGCAGAAGCUGAUCACCCCGCUGUUCAGUGGUCCUCCUGAACCCCCCAGGAAUAAAGUGACAGUGGUGGGCGUAGGCCAGGUUGGCAUGGCCUGUGCUGUCAGCAUCCUGCUCAGGGAGCUGGCUGAUGAACUCGCCCUGGUGGAUGUGAUGGAGGACAAGCUGAAAGGAGAGAUGAUGGACCUGCAGCACGGCAGCCUCUUCCUCAAAACCCCCAAAAUAGUCGCAGACAAAGACUACUCUGUGACAGCAAACUCCCGCAUCGUGGUGGUGACAGCUGGAGUCCGUCAGCAGGAGGGAGAGAGCAGGCUGAACCUCGUCCAGAGAAACGUCAACAUCUUUAAGCACAUUGUCCCUCAGAUCGUCAGAUACAGCCCCGACUGCAUCAUCAUUGUGGUUUCCAACCCAGUUGAUGUGCUGACUUAUGUAACCUGGAAACUGAGCGGCCUUCCCAAGCACCGCGUCAUCGGCAGCGGCACCAACUUGGACUCGGCACGUUUCCGCUUUCUGAUGGCCGACAAACUGGGAAUCCACGCCAGCAGCUUCAAUGGCUGGAUCCUGGGGGAACAUGGAGACACCAGCGUGCCUGUGUGGAGUGGAACAAACGUGGCUGGAGUCAACCUGCAGACGUUAAACCCGGACAUCGGCACCGACUGCGACGAUGAGAACUGGAAGGAAACCCACAAGAUGGUGGUGGACAGUGCCUACGAGGUGAUCAAACUGAAGGGUUACACGAACUGGGCCAUCGGUCUGAGUGUAGCAGACCUGACAGAAAGCCUCAUGAGGAACAUGAACAGGAUUCAUCCUGUUUCCACCAUGGUGCAGGGUAUGUAUGAAAUCAGUGACGAGGUGUAUCUGAGUCUGCCCUGCGUGCUGAACAGCGGAGGUGUGGCCAGCGUAGUCAACAUGACCCUGACAGAUGACGAGGUGGCCCAACUGCAGGCCAGUGCCAACACGCUGUGGGACAUCCAGAAGGACCUGCAGGACAUCUAACUGAACAGCAGGGGGUGCUGUACCUUCCCGACUGGUCACCAUCUACAGUAUUAUCACUCUGCAGUCACUAAACACCAAACAGCUCCAUCUUCCACACCUUCAACCCACUGCCCUCUGUAGAUUAACAGGCGUAUGGGAGUUUAAUCAUCCCGUCAGAUUUAGCUGUAGGUGUCAGUUUGCAUACUUCUGCUCGCUGGAGACCAAAUGUGACAUCACCAGAGUGAGAUGCUUCUCUGACUCAUUUGUCCUCGACUGUGUUGCAGUGUGGAGACCACUCAUGUUGCUUUGAUGUUUAAUAAAGGAAGUUUGUUGUUGCUUAAA